AUCUUUUCUAGUGCUUAGACACUUGGGUGUCUCUUUUUUCCAUUUCUUCUGCUUGGUAAUUUUCUUCACACGCUGCUCUUCCGCUUGCAAACGGUCUUGUUUUGCCGAAGGAAGGAAGGAGUACUGUCCGGUUUAAACAUACAUCUUUUAAAAAAGCUUUCAUUAGCGUGGGGCAAAACAGUCAAAUUCCUAGAAUGUGUAGCUACAAACAUUUAUAUUGUGUAGGUGACAAAAAAUGUAGGCAUGUGGCAGUCUUGCAUUAAAGACAAAUACCCGCUUCAAGAUUAUUCUGUAAAUCUGUAUAGUUUGAAAGCUGUGGCAUGUUCAGGAAAUCAUUCGAAGAAACAGAAUAAAUCCUUCAUUGUCUAGAGCUUCCAUCAACCUUUUAAUAAACAAAGCAGAGGUUGGAGAAAGAAUGUUUUAAGUAGCUGUGUUUGAAAUGCAUUGCAUUCCAAAAACUCCAGAGAGGUGUUCUAGAAGAAUGGCUUUGCUUUCUUUCCACCAGAAGUUACAUUUUCUUGAAAUAAAAGUAGCAACUAUGCGGCGAAGACAGAAAGGAUUAAAUGCUGGACUACUUCUACUACUUUCCCAAGUUCAUCAAGUUGGGUUUAGUAACAUUCCCCCAGUCACACUUGCAACAUUGGCAGUGAAUGUUUUUCUCUUCUUACAACCCCUGAAACGACUGGACAGAGCAUGCAUCAGUGUUGACGAGGCUCUUUACAAGAGAGAUUGGCAUCGAUUAUACCUUUCACCGUUUCAUCAUGCAGAUGAUUGGCAUCUGUAUUUUAAUAUGGUCUCCCUGCUUUGGAAAGGACUGAAGCUGGAGAGAAGACUUGGAAGUGUGUGGUUUGGAUAUAUAAUUAUGUUGUUUUCACUGCUGGUUGGAGUUGUAUAUAUGAUUUUGGAACUUGCACUUGCAGAACUUCUGGAUGAUCCUAGAUACAAAUACAGCUGUGCUGUAGGUUUUUCAGGAGUACUGUUUGCUUUGAAAGUUCUUAACAACCAUUAUCACCCAGGAGGGACCAGCAACAUCAUGGGAAUUAAUGUGUCCAACAGAUACGCUUGCUGGUUGGAACUUGUAGCAAUUCAUCUGUUAAAUCCAGGGAGUUCUUUUGCUGGGCAUCUGGCAGGUAUCCUGGUUGGACUAAUGUAUACCAUGGGACCUCUGAAGAGUAUCAUGAAAACAUGUGCAGGACAAAGAAACAGCUACAACUCAGAGUAUUUUAGGUAUUCAGGUACCCCAUCGUACUCACCACAAGACUAUAAUGUGUACACUGGUGGACUGAAUGAAGAUGAGCAGUUUGAAAGGGCAGUAAGAAACAGUCUGAAUGAUAGUGGUGGCAGCACAAGACAUUAUAGCAAUGAGAGGAGACCCUAUGGCUUUUGGCUUCCACCAGAAGAACUGUCAGCAGAAGAACUCAGAAGGCAACGACUUAAUAGAUUUGAGAGGUGGUAGAAUUCUCAGGCGAUGGAUGAAAAUAUGUGAAGGGCUCUUCAUAGUUACCAAAACAUUCACUGAUUUUUCUCAUAUAAGCAGUUUGUUUUUCAGAAAAGAAUGUUUCCUGCAAGCAAUGUAUCAAGCUA